AGUGAGGGCUCUCCUAGGAUUCCGCCGAACGCUCGACGGCAGCAAUCCCCUAUCUCCCCUCCGAAUCGGCGAUGGCUGGUGCCCAGUGCUGCGAGAACCCCCCGGUGUUGAGCUCUGUCUUCGGUGAAGGAUCUGUCGUGGAGAGCCUCGGAGGUCUCAAGGCCUACACCGUUGGCUCCCCCAGUAGCAACGCCGCCGUCGUGCUGGUCUCUGAUAUCUUCGGGUAUGAAGCGCCAAACUUGAGGAAACUAGCUGAUAAAGUUGCAGCUGCUGGAUUCUUGGUGGUAGUUCCUGAUUUUUUCUAUGGGGAUCCAUAUGUACCAAAUCCGGAGAAACCCUUAAUGGCAUGGUUGGAAGACCAUGGGACGGACAAAGGUUUUGAAGAUGCAAAAUCUGUAAUUGAAUAUUUGAAAAGUAAAGGCAAAACUCUAAUUGGGGCUGCUGGAUUUUGCUGGGGUGGCAAAGUGGUCACCGAACUUGCAAAGACUGAUUAUGUCAAUGCCGUGGUAAUGCUACACCCAUCACUUGUAAAACUUGAUGAUAUAAAUGAGAUAAAACGCCCCACUUCAAUACUAGCAGCUGAGAAUGAUAGCAUCACUCCACUGGAAAUAAUAAAGCAAUUUGAGGAAAUCUUAUGUACCAGAACUGAGGUGGACAGUUUUGUGAAGGUUUUUCCUGGUGUUGCUCAUGGAUGGACUGUUCGGUAUGGCACUGAUGAUGAAGCAGCAGUCGAAAAAGCUGAAGAAGCGCACAAGGAUUUGUUGGAUUGGUUUGAAAAAUAUCUUAAGUAGAUGUUUGUUAUGAACUCAUUGGAAGCACACAUGAGACGUCCCUAAAAUUAUAAUCUAUACCUAGGCUUUUGUUUAAAGCUUGCUUGUGUAGGUGCAGCAGUAAUAAAUAAAGAAUUUAUACACAUUA